AUUUUUAUUACUGCAUUUUUCAAAAUAAAUUAAAUUUAGGGUUACAAACAAAAAAAGGGUAUUAAUAAACAAUUUGCAUUACUAAGAAUAUUCAAUUAAAAAAACAGCAAAAGAUGCAUGAUCUCGUAAAUGAUUUUGAAACUGUGACUCCGGAUUUGUGGAUUUCAAAUGAACAGGCAUGGAAGGAGAGACUAUUAAAACUCCCUACUUGGUACCAGAUACCUCUAAUAAAUUCGAAUGCAUCGCACAAUCUUCCCGAUGGGACGCUGGUUCGAAUCCGCGGAAUGGUACAAGAUAUGCACAACCCAGAAUUUUACUUCGAGCAGUUCGAAAUUUUUAACACAGCUACAAAUGAAAUAAAGAAUAAAAGUGGAAAGUAUCGCGACACUUCGAAUGUUUUGGAAAAUGAAAAAAUCAACUACACAGAAAAUUUAAAAAGUUCCCAACGACAAACAAUGGUUGUCGUUUCAAUGCCGGGUCUCAACGACUGGGCGCAGAAAAUAGAAGACAAUAGAAACCACUUAAAACACUUAGAACAGCAGCCGAACACAUCGAAGCGACUAAGCCAGAACGCUAGCACUAAGUUAAAAAGGAGUUACGAUGAAACCGAUGAGGAUCCGGAUGCGAUGGAAGUUGUGGACUCUGAGGUAGCUGUCGGCAAAGAGAGGAAGACUAGUGAGAGCACAAACGAUACUGCCAAUGUGGUUUCCAGAGAGCAUUUACUUAAUUUCCCUUUACCUGAUGUUCCCAGCCAAUCUUGCAUUAUUAAAAUAUACGAUGAAAGUGAUAACCUCAAGCUGAACGAUAUGAUAGAAGUGGUUGGCUUCCUCUCGGUAGACCCAGCGUUGUCCGGAGAGUUCCAGGAAGAGAAAGACCCAUUACUGGAGCCCCAGAUUGAGUCCCCGGUAGAGACAAUCACCCACAACCCACCGCCAAGCCUUGUUCCACGUCUACACGCUGUGUAUGUGAAGAAACUGAAUCAUUGCAAUCCGUUAGUUGCAGAUACUUUUGAUCAAGGUGCCAUUCUAAAGGAGGCCAAUGCAGCCCGAGAGCACCUUCUAAAGGCCCUUACGGAAUUGCUCCUUGGAGACCAGUUGGCAGCUGAAUAUCUUAUUUGCCAUCUUAUUGCUUGUGUGUACCUCCGUCAAGAAACCCUCAGCCUGGGUCAGUUCUGCCUAAACUUAUCCAACCUGCCCACGCAGAAAUACCCGAACUACGCCAAACAGCUGUACGAUAUCAUCAAGCAGUUUGUCACCAAGAGUUACUACCUCCCUCUGACCAUAGACAAUAUGAAUACUCUGUCCUUGUUACCAAAAAAAGAUUACGAUUGCAAUCGUCUCACAAGCGGAGUCUUACAACUCAGUAAAGACACGCACCUCGUUCUAGACGAAACUAAAAUGGAACAAGGAACGCUUGAUUCCACUGGAGUGCACAACAUCACUGCACUCGGCAACAUGAUCAAGACACAGAAAGUGGAGUAUGAUUUCAAGUAUUACAAGAUGGAGUUUGACUCGGAUGUAUCAGUCUUGAUACUUUCUGAAGGGAAAUCUCUGCUGCCAAGUGAUUAUCAUGUGCCCUUGCGUCCUGAAGAGUCGUCGCUGGAAAUAUUCGACGCCAUCGUGGAGGCAGCUACGUAUUACCUGAAGGAGGAGAUCAUGAAUGUCAUCAGGACAUACCUCACUAGUCUUAAGCUUGUCAAGUAUACCAUCAGUGAAGAUUUACAGUUUGUUGAAGAUGACUUCAUAGAAAUGCGCAGUAAAUCGGACAGCCAGAACCCCGUGACAGCUGACGAUCUCCACCGACUUUUGGUGCUGGCGCGCCUGGUCAGCCUGUCUCGCGGCUGCGACUCCUUAUCCAAGGAGUGCUGGGACAUCACCAAGAAAAUGGAGGAGGAGAGGCUGUAUCGCGUCAAGAACCGAGUCUCUGCUAUGUUAUAAGCGAAAUAAAUCACUUUUUAGUAAA